UCGAUUACUUAGUAGAAUAAAAAUAGACGCGAUGCGUGAUAUUCAUCACUAAUUCAUCAAAAACAAAUUCAUUUGAUCACUUUGCGGUUAGAAAAAGUUAAGAUGUGAAUCUCUUGAUACGGAAUUUGUUCACGAAGAGAGGGUGCAGAUGCAGUACAGAUGGAGACGGGAUUGUCCGAGGGUCAGCACGAGUACCAGCACUAGCGGUCGGACGAAGAAGAAGGAGACGAAGAAGACAAGACAACGAGGAGCAUGGAGACAAGCGUGUCCGUUGCCGGCAUUGCGAGGAAGAUAGCCGUCUUGGGAAGCGGAAUUUCGGGAGCGGUAUGCGCCUCCACGAUCGCCAAGAGCGGAGCCUCCGUCACCAUCUUCGACGCCGCCCGAGGUCCCGGCGGCCGCAUGUCUCAGAGAAGAGAAACUACCGGAGAUGGAAAGGAGCUGUUGUUCGACCAUGGCGCUCCUUCCUUUAGUGUGAACAACUGUUCCGAAGCCUUCGGUCUAGUUUGCGAAUGGGAAUCGAGAGGCCUUGUUGCUGAGUGGAAGCAAAAGUUUGGUUCAUUCGAUUGCAUCACCAAAACAUUCACCGAGACAGAGCAGAAAGGAUCUGAUAGAAGAUACGUUGGUGUUCCUGGAAUGAAUUCUGUCUGUAGAGCAUUAUGCCAUCAGCCAGGUGUGGAAAGCAAGUUUGGGGUUGGUGUUGGGAGGGUGGACUGGUUGGAAGAAGAAAAUACGUGGAGAUUGACCAGUUUGGAUGGACAAAACCUUGGGCAUUUUGAGGGAGUGGUUGCAUCAGAUAAAAACAUCGUUUCUUCAAGGUUUACAAGUGUAACUGGAAGACCGCCGCCUUUAGACUUGAAUUUGGCUCCUGAUUUAGGCAACAAGGUGCAAGAUAUUUCAGUUAGUCCAUGUUUUGCAGUCAUGCUAGCAUUUCCAGAGCCUCUGUCUUGGAUACCUUUUAAGGGUUUCACAAUCAGAAACUCCAAAGUCUUAACCUGGGCUCAUUGUGACAGCUCCAAGCCAGGGCGAUCUGCUGCUAGUGAAAGAUGGGUACUGCAUUCGACUGCGGAAUAUGCCGAGACUGUAAUUGCAAAAACUGGACUCAAGAAACUUUCGGAUGCAAUAUUGACAAAGGUAGCUGAAGAACUGUUAGAGGAACUGCAGAACAUGGGACUGAAUGUACCUCAGCCUUUCUUUAAGAAAGCCCAUAGGUGGGGAAGUGCCUUUCCUUCAACGAGUGUGGCUGCGGAAGAGAAGUGCCUAUGGGAUAAGAAACGGAGGCUCGCCAUAUGUGGAGAUUUCUGUGUCAGUCCCAAUGUUGAGGGUGCUAUAAUCAGUGGCGUGGCUGCGGCUUCCAAGCUGACCGAAAUGUUUAGCUGCUUGUAGUGAUCGUUCCAUCUUAAUGCGUGCGGCAUAGUAGGUGCAGCCACUAAAGCAGUGUGUCGAGGGCACGAUCUAUAUCUGGUCAAUCGAUUUACGUGAUCAACAGAUAAAAAAAGGAUGCAUUUGUACGCAUCUCUACUUGUAUUACAACAUUUCUGUCUUUGGUGUAAUGCCAAUCAAAGGAGCUACUUCCAUGGCAGCUCAAUAUCGCUGUACUGUAAACUACAUAGGCAUUGUCGGAGUGCAAUCUGCAUCGACCCUUUUGUCAA